CUUAUGCUCACCACUAGUGUUGUUAUAAGAUAUAGUACCUAACUAACAACUAAUAAUAUUUAUAAAAAUUCAUCGAAUUGCUAGAGUAUUUUUUAAAAAAUAGAAAAACAAAAGUAAAUAUAUAAUCAAAAUUAAUGCAUGAAGCACUGUACUACAUUUGCAGCUUCAACGGACGAACAAUCUAUCAUUAUCACCAUGCUCCACAGCCAUAUAAAUUCGGAUACAGCGUAAAAGACCAUCAUGGCGAACAGCACCGCGAAGAAUCUGGAGACGGCGGCCAUGCCGUCCGGGGAAGUUACGGAUUCACCGAUGCCAGAGGAAUUCACAGACAGGUCAACUACGUCGCUGAUCACGGAGGAUUCAGGGCUGAAGUCAAGACCAACGAGCCCGGAACUGCCAAUCAGAAUCCAGCAGCUGUCCAUAUGAUCUCUGAUGCACCCUAUGGACACGGAGGAUAUGGAUAUGGCGGACUUGGAUACGGAGGAUAUGGAUAUGGUGGGCUUGGAUAUGGAGGAUCAGGUUAUGGAUAUGGCGGACUUGGAUACGGUGGAUUGGAUUACGGUUAUGGAGGUCUUGGAUAUGGCGGAUUGGGUCUCGGUGGCUUAGGAUAUUACAGAUACGGUUUUUAAAUAAAUACCGGGUCUGAAUUGUGUACAUAUAUACCAAUUUUUGGAAUAAACAUUUUUAUCUUGUA